CUCAGCUUAAGUUGAAGCUGAAAAGGUUCGACCGGCGCAAAGGUUUGGAUCCAAGAAUCCGCGUCUCAAGCGCAGUCUCGUCAAGAUGACAACUCCUUACAAUGGCACCACUGAUCAUGCCGACUAUGGCUACUCAACCCAUGUGCAUGAUCUUAACAUCUUCUACGACACGGGCAAUUUGACAUUCCUCGCCGUCAGCGCCGUGCUUGUCCUUCUCAUGAUUCCCGGCGUCGGCUUCUUCUACAGUGGUCUCGCCCGUCGCAAGUCUGCUUUGACGCUCAUUCUGUUGUCGAUGAUAUCAGUUGCGGUCAUCAGCUUUCAGUGGUUCUUCUGGGGAUACUCCUUGACCUUCUCACGAACUGGAAACUCCUUCCUCGGCGACUUGACCCAGUUUGGUCUUAUGGACACCCUCGCUCAACCCAAUGGCUCUUCCGCUCUCCCUGAUAUUCUCUUUUGUCUGUACCAGGGCAUGUUCGCUGCCAUUACUCCUGCUCUUGCAAUCGGUGCCGUUGCUGAUCGAGGUCGUAUCCUCCCCGCCAUCGUCUUCAUGUUCCUUUGGUCCACCAUCGUCUACGACCCCAUCGCCUACUGGACCUGGAACGCCAAUGGCUGGCUCUUCAACCUUCCCAGCUACGACUUUGCUGGAGGCGGUCCCGUUCACGUUUCCUCGGGAACCUGCGCGCUAGCCUACUCCCUCAUGCUGGGUAAGCGUACUGGCUACUCCAACAACAACGGUCUUCCUUACCGCCCUCACAACGUCACCCACGUUGUUCUCGGUACGGUCUUCCUCUGGGUCGGCUGGUUCGGUUUCAACGGCGGUUCUGCUCUCGCCAUGAACAUCCGUGCCGUCAUGGCAUGCUACGUGACCAACCUGGCUGCAUCAUGCGGUGCCAUUGCCUGGAUCCUCCUCGAUUACCGUCUCGAGAAGAAGUGGAGCACUAUCGGUUUCUGCUCCGGUGCCAUUUCUGGUCUCGUUGCCAUCACUCCUGCUGCGGGUUUCGUGAAGCCCUGGGCAGCCGUCAUUAUCGGAAUCUGCGGUGGUGUCUUCUGCAACUUCGCCACCAAGGUCAAGUUCCUCAUCAACGUUGACGACAGUCUUGAUAUCUUUGCCAUCCACGGUAUUGGUGGUAUGGUCGGUAACAUCCUCACCGGUAUCUUUGGAACCAAAACCAUUGCCGCUCUCGACGGUGGAGAGUACGACCCCAUUGGUUGGGUUGACGGCCACUUUGUUCAGCUGGGUUACCAAAUCGCUGGUACUCUUGCCGUCUUUGCCUGGUCCUUUACUCUUACUUGCAUUCUCCUGUUCCUUCUCAACCUCAUCCCUGGCCUCUCCCUUCGUGUCUCCGCGGAGGAGGAGGAGCUCGGCACUGAUGAUGGCCAGCUGGGCGAGUUUGCCUAUGACUAUGUUGAGAUGACUCGACACAUGGCUGAUAGCACACAUCCUCAUUCUGAUGCUAGUGCCCGAACAAGUCAGGAGAAGGUCUAAAAGGUCGAGAUGAGUGAAAUAUGGGGCGGUUCGAAUUGUCAAAGUGGAAGAUGC